AUGGAGCAAUUGGCCGCAGCGAGCGCUGUUAUGGGCUACUUGGUUUUACUUUAUUAUCAUCGACUACAAAAACCAAAUCCCGUAACCACCAAAAAGGUGAAAGAAAUUGGCAAGCCAUUAGGUCGCCCUCUUAUUAAGACCAAUUCUUUCGAGGAUGUGAUAGCUGGUGAUGUUAUAAACCCUGACCAUAUUAAUGUGGAGUUUGACUCUAUUGGAGGCUUGGAAAAUAUCAAGCAAUCAUUAUUUGAAUUGGCAAUUCUUCCAUUACGGAGACCUGAGUUGUUUGCACAUGGGAAGCUUCUCAGUCCACAGAAAGGGAUAAUGUUAUAUGGACCACCAGGAACUGGAAAGACAAUGCUUGCCAAGGCCAUUGCAAAGGAGUCUGGAGCUGCCUUUAUUAAUGUCAGGAUGUCUACUUUAUUGAGCAAAUGGUAUGGUGAUUCACAAAAACUUGUGGCUGCUGUGUUUAGUUUGGCCUAUAAGCUCCAGCCUGCUAUCAUAUUCAUUGACGAGGUUGACAGUUUUUUGGGGCGGCGGCGUAGUACAGAGCAAGAAUUAUUUGCAAACAUGAAAACCGAGUUCAUGGCAUUGUGGGAUGGUUUUACCACUGACAAGAAUGCUCGGGUGAUGGUCCUUGCUGCAACCAAUCGCCCAUCGGAACUGGAUGAGGCAAUACUUCGUCGUCUUCCUCAAGCCUUUGAGAUAGGACUACCUGAUUGCACUGAAAGAGCAAAAAUAAUGAAGGCGAUUUUGAAGGGCGAAAAUGUAGAUAGUGACUUUAAUUUUGACCACAUUGCCAGCUUGUGUGAGGGAUACAGUGGCUCUGAUCUUCUUGAACUUUGCAAGAAAGCAGCUUACUACCCUGUUAGGGAUCUACUACGUGAUGAGAAGGAAGGCAAGCCCUCUCAUACUCCAAGGCCAUUUUCACAGUCAGAUCUAUUGCAAGUUCUUGCUACGACCACAAAGACAAGUGUUGCUGCUAUCGAAUACGGUAGACGUUCAAAAUUGCCGUCAUGAUCGAUGCCCAGGGAGCAGGACGAUUACCAACUCCAGAUUGCCAUCAACAAGCUUUCUAAGCUUUUGAUGUCACAAAUUACCAAUCUUCAGUCAGGUGCAAAAGCUCCUUGAUAAUAUGUUUUUGAUGGUAGUUUAUAAUGUGAUAAACAUUUUUUUUUUUUUAAUGAUCUUGACAUGUGAAUAUUUUACUCU